AGAAAAUACUCCAAAUAAUUAUAAUUUCUUAGAGGCAAAGAAAAACAAAAGGAGGGAAAAAGAAAAAAGAAAAAAAGUUUUAAUCUUUUCAAGAAUCUGUGUGUAUAUAAGGAAAAAAGAAAGUCCCAUUUGAGUGAACUGUCCAACAAGUGGAGGAAUUUUGCUGUUUGAGGAAGUUGUUUUUUUUGUGAAGGUGAAGAAGAAAAUGGCAUUGGGGAAUGAUUGUGAUAAUUUGGGGUUAGGCAUUGUGAGGAGUACCUCAUUUGGGCGAAAAAGAGUCACUUUAUCAAACACUGGUGACGUCAAUUUCGUUUCAACGACACCAACGAAGAGAAUCUGCAACCAGAACUCGUUGUCCACAAACGACAAAUCUGACCUUGAGACAUUGCCUAAGGAUCUCUUGAUAAAAAUAGUAUGUCGAGCUGAUCACGAUGAUUUGAAGAGUUUGUUUCAUGUAUCAAGGACACUUAGGGAAGCGUCCUUGAUUGCAAAAGGGUGGCAUUUCGACUUUAGCACUCCAAGAAAGACACUUCCUUUUCAAGAUGCUCUUGAUGUGGAGGAGUUAGGUGAUUUCGAUGAGGAAGAAAAAGCGCCAAAUGCUCCAAUGCAGUCGAAAAUUGCAAGGUCUCGGUUUAACAGCAAGAAGCUGGCUGACAUCUCUGUAGCCUUGUUUACCGACAGUUAGGCCAAGGAAAUUGAGGUAUAUAUAAAACUCAAAAACAGAUUAUGUAUAGGUAUUGUUAUAGGAGAAACUCAGAAAGGAUAUCGUAGACGAACAAAGGGCUUGAUCGAAUGCCCUUGAAGAUCAUUUAUCACCUUUGGAAAUUGUUUUAUAGUAGAAACUCAAAAAGGAUAUCGUAGACGAACAAAGGGCUUGCCCUUGAAGAUCAUUUACCAGCUCUGGAAGUUGUUUUAUAGUAGAAACUUAGAAAGGAUAUCAUAGACGAACGAAGGGCUUGCCCUUGAAGAUCAUUUACCAUCAUAGACGAACGAAGGGCUUGCCCUUGAAGAUCAUUUACCAUCAUAGACGAACGAUGGGCUUGCCCUUGAAGAUCAUUUACCAUCAUAGAUGAACGAAGGGCUUGCCCUUGAAGAUCAUUUACCACCUCUGGAAGUACAUGAGUAGAGACUCUAGUAGGAACUCAAAAUGGAUAUCUUAGUCAAGUGAAGGGGUUGAUCUGAUAUCUUAGCGGGAAGAACGGAUCGGAAGGUUCCUUUGACAAUGACUUAACCAACUCUAGAAGGACACGAGUGGAGAAUUGUCAUUGGAUUUGAUCAUUGAUAGACGAAGCUCUCUCCUUAUCAUGACAUUCCCCUCAUGUGGUUCACACCUACUGCCCAAUGGAAGUCUCAAUCUAAGGGUACACUAGGCGACCGUGACUCACAUACAACAAUGGCUGAAAAGGAGGGGAACGAACGGACCAAGUACGAUAGCAACGCGAACCAUGGUCACAAGAAUCUUUACAUCAAGCCAUUGUUCUUUAAACCCUUUCAUUGAAGAUUAGCUAUGGCUUGUUUGUUCAUGUUGAUGAGUACAUUUCAUUAGAACUUCUCUUGUUGUAAAUAUGAUAACUUUAGCCUUUCUCAUUUUAUCAAUGCUACUGUUUCAUGUUUAAUGGAAUGCAAGUAACUU